AUGAGUGGGGACUCUGAAAUGGUUUUUGAUGAACAAACAGAAAAUAAAUCUGUUGAAAGAUUCACAGAUUUAUUUAAACGUUUGUCUACUGCCGAAGCUUGUGAAUUUGUACGUGGAGGUAAUGGGGCAGAUAUUCGUUGUGGUUCUUCAGUAAUUGAAGUCUUAACAACAACAAAAACAAAAUUUAGAGGAAUUUUUUAUGUACAAGGCCAUUGGUUAGAACCUGAAUGUAUUGGAAUGAUUGACGAAAAUGAAGGAAAUGGAACUGAAUUAGUUUUACGAAUUCCGUUGGGGAAAUGUGGCUUAGAAAAACAAUUUUCUACAAAUCCAAAAGGUUAUUUCUUUCGUGGUACUGCAAUACUUCAAUUCCAUCCAAACUUUCGAACUGGAACAGACAAAAUUUGGAAGAUUUUGUGUUUUUAUCGAGAUCACUCCUCAAAUGAACCUGUGCGUAGUGAAGACUCAGAAAUUGAAUGGCAAUUAAUUAGAGACCACACACAACGUAAAGAUCGUCGUCCCACUCAAAUGCCCUGUAGUUAUCGUUUACUUGCUGCUGAACAUAUGGAACAAAUGUCAAGGCCACCUUGGGGGAACAAUGCGGCAACUGGUGCAGCAGAGUGCCUUACUCGAACAAUUCCACUAAUUUUGGGACAAAAUGUCAUUCAUAGUUGGGAAUGCAAUUCUGAUCAUUUCGAUGUUUACCAAUCAUUUUUGAUCAAUUCAUGUUUUUUGGAACCUUCAAAGAAUAAUGAAAUAUCAACACAAAUGCUGAUAGACAAAAAUGGAUGUUCAACAGAGCCAACAUUAAUAGAAACCCCUCAAUAUGUAAAUCAGUUAAAAGCUUUUGCAAGAGGAGUAGCUAUAAGAGGUAUUGGAAAUGAAACAACUUUAAGGUUGCGUUGUAGUCUUAAAUUUUGUGAUAGAUUAAUGGGGGAAUGUGAAGAAAUUUUGCCACCAAAAUGUGGAAAAGAGGAUUUUGAUAUAACAACUACUACUCAAAUAAAUAGUACAAAAGAAGAAGGAGAAGAAAAUAAAAAUAGUAACGAGAAUAAUAAUACUGUUAUUAAUAAAAGGAGAAGGAGAAAACAGGUAAAGUAA